AACUCUCGUCUCAUAAUGAACUGGAUCCUCCUGGUUGUUCUGUUGGCUUUUCUGGGAAUUUCAACGUCACAGGUCUGCAACCAAGAUUGCACAAGAAGUGGGAUUGAAUUCCUUUGCGGAAAAACUGUGAGAAAUGGCAGGGAGAUACGAUGCACCUACAGGAAUCCCUGCGAAAUGGAUAAACAUGCCUGCCAAAAACGGGAAGUGUGGAGAAAAGACGCGACAGGUCGAUGCACACGCGACUCGGAUGAAUGCAGAAGGUAGGGGCAAAAUUGCCAGGCGCAGGAGAAGCAGCUGGAUAUUUUUAAGAAUUGUAUAAAUAUUGACACAAUUGACAA